CGUAAUAAAUACAUAUAUAAACUCUCUGAAAUUUAAAUAAAAUAUUGGUUCGAAAGAUGAUGAAUUCAAAAUGUGAAAGUUCGAAUUUACCAACGUUGAAACCUCCACUCUCUGCAAAAGUUAUGUAUUUAACGACUGCUGCAAUAUUUCUGGAAUGUAUAACAUUUGGUUGUGCUUUUAACUUGUUUUCACCAUUGUUGGUACAACUCAGUGAGAAAUAUGAGACUGAUAUUGGUUCAAUGUCAAAUAUAUUCGUUGUGCUGACGCUGACGUAUUUGUGUGGGGCCAUGCUAGGUGGCAUAAUGUACGAGAAACUAAUACGACGUCAAUAUGGAGUAGUCAUUGCUUUCUCCGGCAUCUCACUUUCACUCUUCGUAACCCCUUAUUGUCCAACUAUCACUUACUUGUUCGUCAGUGUGGGCUUUCUUGGGUUAAGUUGUGGAGCAUACGACACCGCCCAGACGGUGUGGAUUAUGGAGAUGUGGCAGAGUAAAUCUGGACCCUUCAUCCAAGCGCAACAUUUUUGCUUCGCACUAGGAUCUAAUUUGCCAUCCCUUUUAACAAGACCAUUUCUUCCAGACAGCACUAGCAGUGAUGUAAUAAGUGAAGCAAAUACUGGUACUGACUACAGCUCCUCCAGCAAAAUACCGUUUACCAUUGUUGGUGCGUUGGCGUUGAUGAAUGUCUUGUACGAACUCUUCUUACUCACCGGUUAUCCCUACGUCGUCCCAGAACGAGAAUGUUCAGACACAGAUGCUCACAAGAUUAGUGGGAAUGAUAACGGCAACAACAACGGCAAUAAAAUUAGUCUACCACAACCAGAUGCACUAUUAAAAACUCAAUCUGAAUCCGACAACAACGUGGGAUCAAAUUCUCGUAAAAUCCUGCUCGUCACCCUUUCCGGUCUAUUUCUUGGGUUUUAUCAAGGGAUGGAAAUGUGCACAUUACAAUUUGUCCCAACUCUGGCUCAGUUUGGAAGUGUCAACAAGUUAUCCGGAGCAGAAGCAGCACUCAUCUUGACUGGCUUAACUGGAGCGUUUGCAAUUGGAAGGGGCAUUGGCAUUUUAAUCACUCUCAAAGUCUCUCCCCAAAUUAUCCUUAGUUUCAACGCUCUGUUAGUGAUUGUAGGGAAUGUGACUUUAUUGAUGUGGGCUUAUCUCGGACUUUCCACCAAAAUCUUAUGGUGCGCCUGUAUAACCCUCGGUUUUGGGUUUUCGACAUUAUACGCCAGUUUCUGUUCCUUUAUGGAGAGGCAUUUAGUAUUCACGGACUUUGUGGGUUGUGUUAUGUUAGUUUCUGGAUCGCUGGUUGGGAUGGCAUACCCAGCAAUUGUUGGAAAAUUAGUUGAGCAACACCCUGAAGUUGUGACGUACACAAAUUUUUGCAGUGUAUUAUUGUGUAGUCUGGCUUUCAUUGCUGCAUACAUUGUAACCAAGAAAUCGACAAGGGUCAAAUAAAAAUGAAUCUAUCAUCUUAAACAAGAAAUUGCGAUAUAGCUAGUUAACAAAAUAUUUAUUUUUAUGUUGUUAUUCUGCAUUCAAAAUCGGCAUUGUAAUAUUUUUUUUGAUUUUACAAAUAAUCACAACUUUCCGAUCAAUAGUUACAUACAUAUGUAUAUGUUGGCCAUUUUGUCAUAAUAUGAAUUAAUUCUACUACGAUUUACACUCACUGUGUCGAUUCAUUUCAUUAUAUAGUGUUCCUACAUGCCUACAUUUGUUGAUACAAGAC